CGCUAACGGGCUCAAACGGGCAGGGCAAAGACUUGAAGCGCGCGUCAAGUGCCAACUCGCAGUAGUCAACGGAAUUGUAACGCUGAAGUUGCUGAAGAGUUGUGUCAAGUGCAGUGCCAAGGAUCAAGUGUGAAACACAAUAUCGAAAUAUAUAAAUAUAUAAAUAUAUAAAUAUACUCAAAUAGUUAAUAUGUGGCUAAAGCUAAUCAAAUGCGUGCUGUUGGCUCUGAUGCUGGAGCAGAGCAGUCGCUGCACCGAUGCUGCCAACUUGCGCACUCCGUCGAGCAAUAGACGACAUUUCCCUAAUGAUUUUCUAUGGGGCGUUGGUUCGUCCUCGUAUCAAGUUGAAGGUGGCUGGAAUGAAGAUAAUAAGGGCGAGUCGAUAUGGGACUAUAUGACACACAAGAGUCCUGAGAAGAUAGCCGAUCAGUCGAAUGGAGAUAUAUCAUCGGACAGCUAUCAUCAGUGGCAACGCGAUGUGGAAAUGGUGCGGGAGUUGCAUGUGACCACGUAUCGCUUCUCGCUCUCCUGGCCCAGGAUCAUGCCCGGUGGCUACAUGAACCAUGUGAGCACUGCGGGCAUUAAAUACUACAGCAACUUGAUCGAUGGGCUGCUCAAGUACAACAUUACGCCCAUGGUGACGAUCUAUCAUUGGGAUCUGCCGCAACGGCUGCAGGAGAUGGGCGCCUGGACCAACCCGGAGAUUAUACCCCUGUUCAAGGACUAUGCCCGCUUGGUGCUGGAGAUGUUUGGCGAUCGCGUCAAGCUCUGGACGACCAUCAAUGAGCCGUGGCACAUUUGCGAGCAAGCCUAUAGCGUGGACUUCAUGGCACCUGCCUAUAACCACCCAGGCAUUCCCGCCUACCUGUGCGCUCACAAUCUGCUCAAGGCGCACGCAGAGGUGGUGCACAUGUAUCGCGACGAGUUCCAGCAGCGCCAGGGUGGACGCAUUGGCAUUACCCUUGACACAUCCUGGCCGGAGCCACGCGAUCCCGACUCAGCUGAGGAUCGCGAGGCCUCGGAGCGCGCCAUGCAGUUCUAUGUUGGCUGGUUUGCACAUCCGAUCUUCUCGAAGCAUGGCAACUACCCCAAGGUCAUGAUCGAGCGCAUUCGCAAUCUGAGCAAGCAGCAAGGCUUCGGAGCACGUUCGCGCCUGCCCGAGUUUACCACCGAGGAGAUACAUCGCAUCAGGGGCACCUCCGAUUUCUUUGGCAUCAACACCUACACCUCCAACCUGGUUACGUCCAAUGGGCACAACAACACUGGCAAAUUUCCCAUACCUUCGUUCAAUCACGAUAUGGGCGUCGUCGAGAGUCAAGCUGGCGUGGACUGGCCCGGCUCUGGAUCUGCUUGGCUUAAGGUCUAUCCCAAGGGCAUGUACAAUCUGCUGAUGUGGAUACAUCGCGAGUACAAUGCACCCGAGAUCAUUGUCACCGAGAACGGCGUCAGCGAUCGCGGCGGCCUGGAGGACUACGCCCGCGUGGACUACUACAAUCUCUAUCUGUCCGCCGUGCUGGACGCCAUUGAGGAUGGCGCCAAUGUCAGCGGGUACGUCGCUUGGAGCUUGAUGGACAGCUUCGAGUGGAAGGCUGGCUUCACCGAGAAGUUCGGUCUCUACCACGUAGACUUCACUGUGCCCGAACGCACGCGCACCCCAAAGAUCUCGGCGCGAGUUUAUGCCAACAUUUGCAAGACAAAUGCCAUCGACUGGAGCUUUAGGCCCACGCUGAACGAGCAGCAGCUGGUCGUGGUUGCUCGUCUGCCCGCCGCAGAGAACUCAGCUCCAAGUCCAGCCACUACCUUCAGCUGGACUUUAGCCUUGCUCUUGAGCGUGGCUUGCGGCUUGCAUCGAAGAACCUAGGCGCGCUCUCUACACAAAUUGUUGCAAAGUAUUUGU